GUCUAGAACCCCAAGCGGAAACUAGAGGUAAAUCCAUGCAAGACGAGAAAAAGCGAGCUCAUGAUUCAUUCUACUGAUCUGGUGGUGUUUAAAAGGCCGUACUCGGUUUUUAACAGGUUCGACGGAGCUUUUGGGGGAUUUAAACUGAAAAGUGAAAAGAAGUCGGAGUGAAAAUAACACUGAAAACCAUGUGGGAGACACCGAGCUACACCCUGAUCGUCCUUCUCAUAUGUCUCAUGAAGGCUGGAGAAAUCCGAGCACAAUGUGCCAGCCCCGUUAUUGGGGAAAAUAGGAUUCUCACUGAACCUUCAAGGCAAGACAAUUUCCCUGAUGGAUCGACACUAACAUACAAAUGUUCCACUGGUUAUGUACCGAAGCAGCCCGGAAGUUCCAAAACAAUCACCUGCAAGGGAAACCAGUGGACUGAACUACAACUUCAGUGCAAAUUAAAGUCCUGUGGAAGUCCGGGUGAAAUUUCUAAUGGAAAAUAUUUAACUCCAAAUGGAAUUGACUUUGGUGCAACAAUCACUGCACAGUGUAACGAAGGGUAUAUGCUUGUUGGAGAGAGAACUAGAAAUUGUCGAGAUAAUGGUUGGGAUGGGAGAGACGCUGUGUGUGAAGUGACAAAAUGUAAACAACCUCCUAGUAUACAGAAUGGAAAUUUUGAUCCCUUGGAUGAGGUUUAUAAUUAUGGGCAGACAGUCACAUACUCUUGUGAAAAAGAUUACAUUCUUUUUGGAGAAUCAACAAUAUCCUGUUCUGACAACGGAUCCUUUCCUCCUCCUCCUCGGUGUUUAAAAGUCAGUUGUGAUGCACCUGCAAUUGAAAAUGCGGUUAGAAUUCAAGGCAGGUCACCACCCUACAAAUAUAAAGAGUUUGUCGAGUACCAGUGUAAUAAAGGCUACAAAAUGGAAGGAUCGGGCUACCUUAUAUGUGAAGAAAACGAAUGGAAACCACCUCCUCCAGUGUGCAUUGAAGAUAAAAUAGGCCCAGGCCCAGGUCCAGGUCCAAAUCCAGGUCCAGGUCCAAGUCCAAGUGAAAUCCCUAAGGUCACUGUUCCUCCCCCGCUUGAAGAGCUUUCUGUUGGGGCUAAGAUUGCGAUCGGGGUCGGGGUCAUGGUCAUCGGCAUCUUAUUGGUAUCUGGCAUGUUUUAUUUGAAGAAAAGAACUGGUUUCGGAAAGGUGCCCACUAGAAAUGAAGAGCGCUCGUAACCACAUCAGUGUCCUGAAAUUAGUCCCUGUGAAAAUCGGCAUUCCUCUGCUUCCUGAUGGACUGUAUGUUUUCCUCUGGAGCUCAUCUUGGAGAGAGAUUCUGUUUUUUUUUUUUUUUUUUUGUGCCAAUCAGAUUUUUCAUGAAUGUGCACUUUUUAGAUUAAGUUUUAGUUUAAGACUUUAUCCUUCAGGACAGGGGCUCCCGAUCAUUUGAACAACCUGGAGCUGGACCAAUCGGAGUGUGAGUAGGCGAGGUAGCUGAGGAUUUAUUGGCUGUAACCAUCUGAUUUAUUCUGAUCUUUGGUGGAGAUGAUACGAGUUCUUACUCCUUAUCAUCAUUUGACAAAAGCAAAACCAGAGACAUGUCGAUUGGUCUAAAAGCUUCCAGUCUUUCCAUUGAAAUCAUGAAAAUGAUUGGGAACCCCUUUUUUUUUUUUUUAAACAACUACUGAUUUUGAGCUCGAACUGUUAAUUAAUAUUAGUUUAAAUUUAUCAUCUUGUCUUAAUUCAAAUAUUCUUUCUAUACAUACUGAUUUGGUUUAGCUUCUCUUAGAAGUGCCUGGUGUGUGUGUACAUUACAUAACAUAUAACGCUAAAUCCUUUUUAAUGCACUUUUUAAGUUUGAUCCUUCGUGCCGCCUUGUCUAUAAUAUUCACUUGUAAGAGUCAACAUGCUGUAAUAGAAACAAGGAAACUAAUAUUAGACAAAUUCCUUAACCAGAACGUCCUGAUAUCUCGCACUUCUAAUGUUCAGCAAUGUUUUCAUCUUCCUUCACGUGUCCUACACCACUAGAAAUAUAUACACCACCGGUAGCAUGCUCGUCUAGCUUGUGCUCGCUGCAUCUACAUCACCGAGUGCGAUUGUGCCACUUCAGCUUGGUUCAAAGCAGAAGGAUGUUUCAUCAUUAAACAUGACUUGUUGCAGUAACUUACACUUUAGAAACUAUUCUUAUCAGCAGCUGAGCUCAGUGAAGUCAAAUUCUAAUUGAAUUACAACUUGCUAUCAGCAAGUGAUCUCCCUGACUAUAAUUUAAUAGUCUUGUAUCUUUUUAUAACAUUUAUAAGACUAAAGAUUGUGUUUGAGAAUUGACUGCCAUUAGAAAGCCUGUAGAAAAAAGGUCAAUGGUUUGUGUUGUGUUUGACUUUUUUUUUUCUUUUUCUUUUCUCUAUUUCAAAAUAGUGGUGUUCUUUUUUUGUGUGUUCAUCUAGUGAAAUAUAAGCAUAGUGUUGAAACAGGCAUGAUUCGAGAUUGAUGCUUACUGAGCUUUUUAUACAUAUAUUUACACCAUAUAUUUAUUUUGACUGCUCAUUCAUUCUGAUUUGUGGGAAUAUAAUUAUUUGAUUAUCUGCUCUUUUUUUUUAUCAGUAAACCUUAUUCUUCAGUAGUUCCACAUGUUAACGGAGUGUCUUGAAUGUAGAGUUUUUAGAUAAGAAAAGAACAAGAACUAAAGCAAUCCAGGCAACAGCAUUUGCAUUUCAGUGAAAUAAGCCUAAAGAUUUUCAACACCAGAUUCAAAUCAGAAGUAAAUGUAAUUGUUGUCGUUAGAAUCAGAUAAGAGCCUUUUUCACUUUCUUAUUGGUUUUGAAUAAAAGAAAAUCCACAGUUUUUUCACCACAGAAAGUGAAUUUCACAUCCUGUCCCAGAGGAGUCUCGGAGGAAUCUACAGAAUUAUUAUUAUUAAUAUUAUUAUUAAAGAUUUAUCGUCAUCAAAUCCUACAGGAGAGCUGCUUAAAAUCAGCAAUGUCGGUACAUAUUGCGGGCUACAUGGAACACGGCUGUUUAAAUUGUGCUUUUUCAUGCUAAUCUUAUCAAAUGUACAGAGCUAAAUUUAAAUUCAAAUAUAUUGUUGCAGGGUUGCAACCUUCACCCAACAAAUUGUACUUGCCUUUUUUUUUUUAUUGUUAAUAUUUUCAUUCAGUUGAAAUCAUACGAAUGAGGAUCUAUUUUGUUUUCCCACUGAUUAAAUGUAUAUUCAGACACUU